AUGGCCGCACUGGUCUUCCUUCGUAUUCUUCCUCUCCUCACUACCUCGUCAUACCUUACCUUCACGAUCGCAGAGGACCUCUACUUCAAGCCCUACCUAGAGCCCUCGGUCUCCAGAGCCGCCGAUCACCUUCUCCCGUCCUACAUGAAAGUAUGGUACAAUCGGGGCAUGAUUCUCAUCUUCACCAUAUACCCAUUGACCUGGUGCACGGCCAUUGCGAAUCUUCCUGUGGCCCAUCUGUGGAAAACUAGUAUCGCAGCCUUCGUCUUAUAUCUUCUCGGACUUCUCUUCAGUAUUGCACAUAUGCUCUGGGGUCCUCACGCAAUGAAUCUCCUAAAUUCAAUAAAGAAGCAAGACAGCUCAGGAAGCACAGAGAUCGUUCGUCGAUGGUGUCGAAUGAACCUUAUCCGGGGUGGCUUGGUGGACGUGCCAGCCUGGGGCUGUUUUCUGGCUGGAUUUCUUGUAUGGGAAAGUUCACGGUAG